UAGUAAUAUUGUUGCAAAAACAUGGUUUCUCGUUCCUUGACUGUUUUUCUUCUGUGCUUGGCCAUAGACAGCAUCGCUGGCCAUGGACGGUUAAUGGACCCACCUAACCGUAGCUCCCUGUGGCGAAUUAACCCAGAUGCACCACCAAAUUACACCGAUGAUCAAAACAACUGUGGAGGAAAACCGACUCAAUGGGACACUUUUGGAGGACUAUGCGGUGUCUGUGGAGACCAAUACGACAAGCCUCAUCCCCAAGAUAAUGAAAACACUGGUACUUACGGAGUAGGUAUAAUUGCUGGACAAUACACUGCUGGUAGUGUAAUCGAUGUAAACGUAGUGCUGACGACCAAUCACAUGGGACAUUUCCAAUUCAGCUUGUGUGUUCUGGAUGAUCCUAAUGGUCCAGAAUCGGGUGAAGACUGCUUCCAAGCUUUAACUUUGGAAGAUGGAUCAGCACAGUACGUCUUGCCUAAUCAACAAGAAGCAGGCUACACCGAAGUUCCACUUAAGGUGAAAUUGCCUGAUGGUCUCACAUGUGACAGAUGUACCUUCAGAUGGACAUGGACCGCAGGUAACAACUGGGGCACCUGCGAUGAUGGAACUGAAGGGAUGGGAUGUGGUCCACAAGAAACAUUCCGCUCGUGUUCUGAUAUAGUCAUCAGUUAAACUACCAAUGCAUUGUUUCAGCUUGAAUCUUAUUGUUAAUAACGUACUAAUUAAUUUUGUGAAUAAAGAUAUUUUGUUUGAUA